ACAGAAACAUAUUGGUGGCAAACUGCUUAUUCUAUUAGAAAAUCUAAUAGCUUUUCGAAUAGUGAACACAAAUGGUGAACAAAGUUAUCCGCUGACGCAUCAAAAAUGAUGACGCCAUCGCCAAAAAAAGUUUGUGGAACAACAUCUACAGUACGGACUAUUGUCACAUUUUAUGAAAUAUACCAUUUAGAAAAUUGCGAGAUGGCAAUCAUUUCUAGUUCCAUCUAAAAGCAUCUGUAUGAGGUUUUCAAACAAAUAUUCUCGACCCCUACUAGGCAGAGACGCCGAGACGAAAUUUUCCGAUUCACAAGUAACUGUUGGUUCUAAUCUAUGAACCAGGAUGUUUACUGUCUACAAAUUUUCAAUUAGACAGUUUCUUAUCGCUCGAGUUAAGAGUUAAUUGAUUUAUUUGUCGGGCUCUAUCUACUAGCCUUUAACCUACUGCCAGAUAAUGUCCAAUCCAUUAUUAAAUAAGAUUAUUUCACAUGGCAUAUAACCGUUCAAUUUUGGUUCACAUUAAGGCCCUAGGAAGAAAAUUUAGAGGAAUCCAGCAAAGGUUCUUACAUCAGUCCCAAAGAGGUGACUUUUGAUAGAUUCUAACAUCGGUCCUUAGGGUAAUCAAUGCCUAUUCGAGAGGAUUUCGAGCUAUGAGUCUAGGCACUUGUAGUUUUCUAUGUAAGUUUCCUAUCACGAGAACAUGUCCUCAAUGUGUAAAAAGGAGUUGAUAGUUUUUAAUGACACAUGGAUUUGUUCCAUUAUGGAUUUGUAUAUUCAACUAGUUAUAAUGACACUAUCACGCCUCAGCUGUGUGUUUUUGUUGAGUAAUUAAUUCACAUCCGUUUCGAUGCACUUAUCACAAAGACCCCUGACACAGUAUUUAUCUUAAUCACUUACCGCAAUUUAUAAAUACAAUGCGCUUGUGAAAAUCAGCCACUUCUUCUAAAAGUUCCAUCGUGUACUGUGAAGUUACGUUCUUACGUUAGAAUUACAAGACGAAGAUGGUUGGUCCGAAAAAGUUCACUGUUGUCAAGUUUACUGGGGUACUGCAACCUGGAAAAAAUCCUUACAAAUGCGUACCAACCUCGUGGACCAAAAUCGAGAAUGCAAAUGGCGCGGUAGUGCCCUACCCAGCGGAAGAUCAGCUGUCACUGUGGUUCGAUCGCAUUUAUUAUUGCAAGUUGCCAGCAGCAGAAUGGAAUACAUGGCCGGUCUCGAUUGAAUAUGAAGCAGAUUCAUACGAAGCGGGGAUGCUUUUUAUAAAACGGCAAAAUGCUACGCAGCUGGAUGAAGAAGAUCUGAUGAUAUGGAAGCAAGCAAGCCUUGAGUGUUUGGAAAAUUUAGGUCGUUAUCAUCCGAUCACUUUAGUCUAUAGUCUGUGGUCUAGAGUGGCAAACAUUUUUACCCAAUAA